UUUCACUCUACACGCCAAAAGGACUGGGGAGCCAAACGCCAACCACACCUUUGGUCUUUUGGCAACCGCUUGGAGAUUGACAAUAGUGUACUACACCCUGUCGUCGCAAUUGAACAAGUGGAAUUGACCAUGUCGCCCUCGGCGCCGGUCACCAAGGCCGCCCAAUCGGCUGGCCAAGUCUCGUCGUCACCCGCGCCCUCGCCCGCCAACAAGAGGAAGAAGAACAACAGCAACAACAACAAGAAGAAGGGCGCCGCCGCCACCAGUAAUAUCAAGGCGAAGCCGAAGGAGGGCGGCGGGAGCAACACACCAGAUGCUGCACCAGAUGCCGAAGUCCUGUCAGACCAACCACCAGCACCACCAGCACCACCACCACCACCACAAGUAGAGGCAGAAGCAGCGCCAGCGGCUGAAAGAGCAGAGCAUACUGAAGAGGAAACUGCUCUGCCUGUAGAGGAAACCCCGGCCUCCUUGGGUGUACAGAACACAUCACCGAAACUCGACCAGGUCGAAGCACCAGCAGAGGACGAGGACACCGACAUAGAGGUACCCGCAACUGUGGCCGACCACUCCGAAUCUGAAAACCCACCGCCACCGCCAGACGGGGAUCCCAAUCCGGCCCCGGACCCGGACCCUGAAUCCGAGUCGGCAUCAGCUGCCAGCCCAGCAGAGGACACGACAGCAACAACACCUGCUGCUGCUGCUGCUGCUGCUGCUGCUGCUGCUGGUACCAUCGAUACCAACGGACAUGCUCCCGACAGCGCAAACGGUCACAUCCCCAAUCUCUCUACAACAACAACAACUGCUCCUACAAUGUCUACUACAACAUCCCCACCGCCGACGGAGGGGUCUCCAGUAACCAACUCUACUACCGCCGACGAGACAUCAGCAACCACCAGCAGCACCACCACCACCAACAAUAGCACAGAAACCAGCGCCAAGCUUGAAGCCAUGUCGCAAGACCGCGAGGCCCUCCGUGCCGAAGUCGAGCAGCUGCGCAAGCAACUCGAGAGCAUACAAAGCACCCACGACGAAGAAGUGUCCCAGCUUCGGUCCGACCUCGAAGAAUCCGAAGCCGCCAAGGAGCACGCCGAGACACAGUACCAGAAUCUGCUCGACCGCGUCGAGAAGAUCAAGGAGACCCUCGGCGAGCGCCUCAAACGGGACCGGGCGCGCGUGGAGGAGCUCGAGACAGCCAACGAGGAGCUGCAGCAGGCGGCGCAAACCCAGGAGGAGGAAGCCGUCCGGCUGCGCGAGCAGGUGGACGAGCAGGCGCGCGAGCUUGACAGCCUGCGCAGCCGGACGAACCUGUCCCAACAGAACUGGGGCAAGGAGCGGGAGGACCUCGAGCGCGAGGUGGAACACAUUCGAUCAGAACUCAAAAAGACGAGCGCCGCCAUGGGCGAGUGGGAGGUGAUCGCCAUGGAGGAGCGCAGCAUGCGCGAGGGCUUGGAGGCCAAGGCGACGGACCUGGAGGAGCAGCUGGCCAACGUGCGGGAGGCAUACGAGCGCGUCGCGGAGGAGAGGAAUACACAGUCGCAGGCCAUUGACGGGCUACAGCGCGCGCUGCAAGAGAUUCAGGAGGCGCGCAAGCGCGAGCUGAGGGAGAUGGUGGAGUCGAGCGAGGAGCAGCUGGCGGCGAUGAAGAAGCGCGCCGAGGAGGCGGAUGCGAAAGCCAAGGAGGCCCAGGAUGCCAGGGAAUCACUCCAGAAGGAGCUGGAGCGCACAGCGCCGUUUGAGAAGGAAGUCAAGGAAAAGAAUCUCUUGAUUGGCAAACUGAGGCAUGAGGCGAUUGUGCUGAAUGAUCACUUGACCAAGGCGUUGAAGUACAUUAAGAAGAUGAAGCCUGAGGAGACCAUCGACCGACAAAUCGUAACCAACCACCUCCUCCAAUUCCUCUCCCUCGACCGCUCCGACCCCAAGAAAUUCCAAAUCCUCCAAGUAAUCGCCGGCCUCCUCAACUGGACCGACGAGCAACGCGAACAAGCUGGUCUCGCCCGCCCAGGUGGUUCUGGCGGGGGGCUCGGCAGCGCCUCUUCGCUUUUACGGUUACCCACCUCGCCCUUCCACCGGACGCCCAGCUCCCCCUCCUUGAAUCACGAUUUCUUCUCCGACAUGUCUUCCCACACCAACAACAGCAGCACCAUGUCUCCCACUGCCGGGUCGGUAAGAGAGGGCAGCACAGGCGGUGGUCGUGAGUCGCUGGCUGAUUUGUGGGCUGGGUUUUUGGAACGGAGCGUGGAGGAGGCGUCGGCGCAGCCGCCAAACAAAAGGAAAGAUAGUACGAGUAGUACGGGCACGGGGAAUACGGGGAAUACGGGGGGGUAUGCAUAGUUGGUUUCUAGGGUUUGGUGGGGAAGAAGGAGGAGGCAGGCGGUUGGGGAUAUGAAUCAGCACGGUAGACUCGAGGACCCUUGGUUGGGUUUGGUCAAGGUGCGGUUGACAUGGGGAGGCAAAAAAAAAAAAAA